AUGGUCCAAGUCUUGCCCAUCAACUACAAUAACGAGCACUACAAACAAAACUACAUGAACGGGAAUGAAUACCAACAUUCGACUCCCCCACCACCACCACCUCUGCAACCACACCAACAACAGAUGCCUAUACCCAUGCCUGUUCCCAUGAUCAAUCAUCAUCUCAUUCAUCCUCACCAUCAACCUCCCAAUUUCUUUCAUCCUGCCCCACCUCCCCCUCCGCCUGUUCCUCACCAGCAGCCCAUGUACCCCACUGAUCCAUCUCAGCAACAGUACAUGGAUUAUGCUGGCAGUGGCGGCUAUCACCAUCCCUCCAUGGGAUACAUGCAUCAGCAAGGCUAUUAUCCUGCUGAUAUCACUGUCUAUGUACCAACACUCCAAAAAACAUACGCGUUGAACACCAGCGUCCUCUCUCGAUCUCCUGUCCUCUACCAGCGCAUCAUGGAGGAGCAAUCAAACACACUCGAGCUGGAUCUCUACGUACUUCCCGAAACCUUUCAUACUGUCAUCAACCAUCUGACACGACCUUUGACACCUCAAGACAUCUUGUUCCUCGCCAAUGAAAAGCCCCAGAUUGCAAUUGAAUUACUCGAAGCUUCGGAAGAAUUGGGACUGGAGCCACUGUUGGACGCACUCUUGUUGGCAUUGAACCAGAAUCUACACAGCCAAAAAAUUGCCAUGACCUACAUCGAUGCCAUGGAUCCGUACCAACCAAUAGAAGAAGAGGAGCCUCGUCGCUGGGUAGAAGCCUUGGAAGAGGAUGUUGUUUCAUUCAUGGUCAAGGGCUUGUCUGCUCAAUUGGAGGCAUUUUCGACCUCGGUCAAAGUAAGUGGCAAUGUGGUGAUUGGUCAAGUCAAUGCUUGUGGCUACAUGCCUUCUCGCACACCUCCUAUGCGCGGAUUCAUGGAUCUGGCCCGUGCUUACUCUGCUCUGCCUCUGCACCUGAUGAUUCGCUGUUUGGAACACCCGGCUCUACCUGUGCAAGAUGCCAUUCAACGCAACUUAUUUGCCAGAAAAGUACUGACCAUUGUCAGCAGCAACAACACUUUCCACCAACGUAGCAGCGAGCCUCAAUUGAUUGCAGUGAUGAAGUUUGAUAAGGGAAAGGAUACAAUCGCCGUGGUGAGAGAAACUGGACUAAAGAAGGGCUGUUGGGAUCCUAAAUUAUAUGAUUUGCAUGCCAUGUAA